GCACAGUCCGCGGUUGCGCUGCGCGGGAGUCGCGCGUGUGUUCCAAAUUCAAAUUUGACGUUUGUGUUCUGUGCCCGUGAAGUUUUGGCGGUAAUAUGGCGCUGACGUGCGACUGCCCGAUGUCGCAGCCGGGCCCGACGCUGGCGGCGACGUGCGGCGGCGGCGCCUUCAUGCUGUUCAUGGGGCUGCUGGAGGUGUUCCUGCGCUCGCAGUGCGACCUCGAGGACCCGUGCGGCCGCGCUCAGUUCCGGACGCACAUGGACUCUGUGUACGACUUCAUCGUGGUGGGCGGCGGGUCGGCGGGCUCGGCGCUGGCGGCGCGGCUCUCCGAGGUGCCCGAGUGGCGCGUGCUGCUGCUCGAAGCUGGCUUCGACGAGCCCACGGGAGCUCAGGUGCCGUCCAUGUUCCUGAACUUCAUCGGCUCCAGCAUCGACUGGGGCUACCAGACCGAGCCCGAGCCCGCCGCCUGCCUCGGCGAGAAGGACCGCAAGUGCUACUGGCCUAGGGGGAAGGUGCUCGGCGGAACUUCGGUGAUGAACGGCAUGAUGUACAUGCGAGGUUCUCGCAAGGACUACGACGCGUGGGCGGCGGCCGGCAUCGAAGGCUGGGCCUACGACGACGUGCUGCCCUACUUCCUGCGCUCCGAGGACAACAAGCAGCUGGACCAGAUGGACCAGGGCUACCACGCGACGGGCGGCCCGCUCACUGUGUCACAGUUCCCGUACCAUCCGCCGCUAAGUUACAGCUUGGUGAAGGCUGGAGAGGAGUUGGGCUACCCGACCCGUGACUUAAACGGCGAGCACCACGCCGGCUUCGCGAUCGCGCAGACCACCAACCGCAACGGAUCGCGCCUCAGCGUGGCGCGCGCGUACCUACGGCCGGCGCGUCAUCGCCACAACCUGCACGUCAUGCUCAACGCGACCGUCGCACGAGUGCGCAUCAACCAGACCACGCGUCAAGCAUAUGCUGUGGAAGUCAGGAACAGUCAAGGCGGGACGGAGGUCAUCUUCGCUAAUAAUGAGAUCAUUCUGAGUGCCGGCGCAGUAGCCUCGCCCCAGCUGCUCCAGCUCAGCGGCGUCGGCGACCCUGACGUAUUGGCCCGCGCGGGAGUACCCUUGACGCACGCGCUGCGCGGCGUCGGGCGCAACCUGCACAACCACGUGGCGCACUUCCUCAACUUCCGCGUCAACGACAACAACACGGCGCCGCUCAACUGGGCCACCGCCAUGGAGUACCUGCUGUUCAGGGACGGGCUCAUGUCCGGCACAGGCAUCUCCGAAGUAACCGGCUUCAUCAACACCAAGUACGCGGACCCAGCAGGCGACCACCCCGACGUGCAGCUGUUCUUCGGCGGCUUCCUGGCCGACUGCGCCAAAACCGGCAUGGUGGGCGAGCGCCUGGACAACGGCUCGCGGACCAUACAGAUCAUACCCACCGUACUGCAUCCCAAGAGUAGAGGACGGUUGGAGAUCGCGUCGGCUGAUCCAUUUGCGUAUCCCAAGAUCUAUGCCAACUACCUCACCCACCCGGAUGACGUCAAGACCCUGGUAGAAGGCAUCAAGUUUGCCAUCAAGCUAUCAGAGACGAAGGCGCUGAAGCGAUUCGGGGUGCAACUGGACCGGACGCCGGUCCCGGGCUGCGAGAAGAUCAAGUUCGGAUGCGACGCCUACUGGGAGUGCGCCGUCAGGAUGUCCACGGCUCCGGAGAACCAUCAGGUCGGGUCCUGCCGCAUGGGGCCGCGUGGCGACCCUGAUGCUGUAGUCGACCCAUUACUACAGGUGCGCGGCAUCGACCGGCUGCGCGUGGCGGACGCGAGCGUGAUGCCGGCGGCGCCGUCGGGCAACACCAACGCGCCCGCCGUCAUGGUCGCCGAGCGAGCCGCCGACUUCAUCAAGCAGCGCUGGCUGGGGACCACCAACGCGCCGUACCCACUCGGCAACCAUGGCGGCAUCUCGAACGUGCUGACGGCCAGCGACUCGCAGCAGCAGCCCUCGUGGCGGCCCUGGGCCUGACAUCAACAUGGUGUCUAUGCCCUGCCAAUAUAAAGCCACGAUAGCCGAGCGGAGAAGGGCUCGACUUGCCGACUCGUGGGGGUCGAAUCCCACCGCUCAACUAUUGUGGUGAGCCCACUCGUGACACAAGCAUUAGCUUAGCACGAGGGGCUAACGGGACUAUUAGUAAUUUGUGCAAUACAAAUUAGUAAUAUUCUUAAAAAGUUAAAAAUAUAGCUCUAUUCUCCUGACUAUUGUAGGAAACAUGUUAACAUGGCGAAAGAAAAUCUUCAUGAUUUUACGUAAGGAAAUUGAGCCAAUUUUUGUAAGUUCCCUUGGAAGCUUUUAGAAAAGCUCUUACUUUUAAAGUGCCACCACCACUUAUAACCUUGUGUACGAUCUCUAAAAAAUUGGGUUAAAUUCAUUCAAGUUCAACGUUCUAUUAAAAAAUAUGAUGCUAAAAAAACAGAAGUUUACGUAAGUACCUACUUAUAGGAAAAAAAGCCCUACCGUACACUUUAGUAAAUCUACUUAAUAAAUUACCGACUAAAAUCACUCCUAAUUAAUAAGUUAGUUUAAGUUUCUGCCCCGAAUGCCUGCGGGGCGGUCGUGAUAACUUUAGUUACCAUUGUAGAUGUACUGUAUCUUUAGUUUAAUGCGUAUCCGCGUCGAACUGUACAAAUUAGUAUUUAUUAAGUUACUGCCUUUAAUAAUACUCUUAUAGAUAAGUUUUUUAUAAAUACGACCAUAAUAUAAAUAAAAAGUGAAAUCGGAAACUAUUUUCUAUGUUAUUUUAAAAAAAAAUAUUAUUUUGAAUAAAA